GCCCUCCUCCUCUCCGUCCCUCACGAGCCUGAGGAUGAGUAAUCCAGCGAGGGAGGGCGAACGAGGUAGAAGAAGAAUGGGGGAGUGAGAGAGGGAGGAUACCGACGCAGCAUCAGCAUCAGCAUCAUCAUCAUCAUCGUCAGUGAACGUGCAGAGUGAGAGGAUGAACAUUCAAAACCCUGCAGCUCCUCUCUCACCUCUGAGCUCUGGGAAAGACGGAGCCAGCUAAUUCCUGGACCGUCACAUGAUGAAACAGAAGAAGAGGCAGGGCAUGAAGUGGAUUGCAUUACCGUGAGCAUUUGGGAUUAAAACAAUCUAAUCACUGGAUUAAAGAAGGAAAAGGAGAAAACCAGAGGAGGCAGGAAGAACAUUUGUAUCGCUGUAAUCUUCACCUGCGUAAUGUGCUGCAUGGCUGAUUAAUCUCUGGUAAAGCCGGACAAGAGGGAGGCUUCCUCCCUUAUGAUACAGGACGAUACCUGACUAAUUCAUGGAGAGGAGGUCAGUUGACUCAUCGCAGCGAUUGUGUGGACUGACCUCUUCCUGAACAGAAACCCCUCCCCUCUUUAGUAUCCGUCCUAACUAACAAAUCUGUUUCACGACUUCACAUGUGCUGCUUGUUUGCCUUGGAUCUGUCUAAUACCUGGAAAUAUUGAACCACAACAUCACCUCGCAGCAACUGGACUCUCUGUACUACGAGUCCACGUUCAGCCUUCUCCUGGGACCGGGUUAAUCUCUGGAUCAGCAGCUCUGGCAUGUUCUGUUUCUGCCUGCAGAGUUCUCUGCUGAAGCUCCAGGCGCUGGAGGUGGAGGGGGGUCCGUCUCUGGGUCCGUCCCCCGAGGAGAGCCCCCCUGCCCUGGGCAGCAAGGAGCAGAAGAGCCCCUGUGGGCCUGUGGAGCUCGGAGGGAAGGAGGGGAAGACUCUGGCUCUCUGCCACAGCGCCCCUGCUGACGAGAACAGCCCACCAGAGAUCCUGAACGUCCUGACCCGACCUCCACAGUCUCCCCGACACCAGCCGUUAACUGCCAUCCACCCGGGCCAGCAGUCCCUCACCCCGGAUGGAGCGCUGCCCCCGAGCCCUCACCCCUCCCCCUACUCCCCUCAGAGGGGCAGCCCCGGGGGUGAGGGAGGAGACGGAGGAGGAGGAGGAGGCGGGGCUCUCCUCCAGCUGCUGGCAGGCGGUCCAAGCCCUCUGCCCUCCCCCCGCUGCUCCAGCCUCACCCACAGCCUGAGGUUUAACUCAGACCCCGAAACAGCUCCAUCACCGCCCUGCAGCCAGCAGUACAUCCUGUGUCGGGGCAGGGAGCGUGCGGAGGUCGUGGAGGAUGAGUGCCCCCACUCCAUCCCGUUCCUGGGUAAACACAUUCAGACCCUGAAGAAGAAAGUCCGCAGGUUCGAGGAUCAGUUCGAGCAUGAGAUGAACUACAAGCCGUCUCACAACGAUAAAUACUCCAACCCGGAGAUGAUCCGCAUCAUGAAUGAACUGGCCAAGGCUCGCAAACAGCUCAAAGAGCUGAGACUCCGACAGUCGGUGUUUGAGUCCAAGGAGCAGGACGGUCCAGAAAACUCCUGCAGGUACGGCUCGGGCCAGCAGGGGGCGUCUGAGCACAAACCCACCCUGGAGGAGACCGUGGAGUCUCUGUUCAGACGGAUGCGAGAGAAGAGACAGGCGCUGGGUCUGCCCGACAACAUGAAGGAGAUGACUCAGGCUCAGAUGGUGUUGGAGAAGAUCACUCUGCAGAAAUGUCUGCUCUACUUUGAGAGUCUGCACGGCCGACCGGGAACUAAGCAGGAGAGGAACCUGGUGAAGCCUCUGUACGACAGAUACACAAUGAUCAAACGGUUACUGUGUGCCAGUCCGACCCCCAUCACAACCAUCGAGGAAGAGGACGGUUCUGAUGAAGACUCAACGAGCUCCAUGACGGUCGUCGAACCUCCGGUCCCGCCUCCUCGCAGAGCGGCCCGACCAGCUGCCGUCGAGGAGGAAAGUGACCGGGACAGCGACCCCGCCUUCGUGUCCCCCAUAGUGGAGGUGAAAACUGUCCAUCAGCAGCCAGCAGCUCUGACCAUGGCUAACCUGCACGAGGCCUCCAGGUCUCAGCUGCUGAUCUGUCUGCGUGAGACGAGAGCAGAGAAGAAGACGAGACGUAAAGCUCUGAGAGAGUUUGAGGACGAGUUUUACCGCCAGACUGGAAGAAUUUGCCAAAAAGAGGAUCGUACUCCGAUGAAAGAUGAAUACCAGGAAUACAAACAGCUAAAGGCUAAGCUUCGACUGCUGGAGGUCCUCCUCAGCAAACAGGAAGUCCCUAAAACGAAGUGAGAGGAAACAUC